AUGAGGUUCCUGAAUUUGUACUGCACUGUGAGACAACCCACAAGAAAGGAAGCCUGUCUAGAUAAUGUGGUAACAAACUUGCCACAGUGUUUGUACAGAGUUGCAGUGGAGAGUUAUGCCUUGAGUGACCAUGAGUCUAUCUGUUUCUCUGUGGAUGAAAGGAGCUCUGAUCUUUCUGGGAAUGAUCCUCCUGAGGAAAUCAAGGUGCACCCAAUUGCAAAGAGUCAGUUGAACCACUUCUCGCACCUCUUGUCACUGGUGAACUGGAACAAAAUAGUUACACCUGGCCCUGCAGAGGAAAAUUUCAACAAAUUUUUCAGUCGAUUCAAGUAUCUUUUUGACAACGUUUUUCCUGUCAAGAUACAAAAACCAGAUCAAAAACCCAACCAUAGAAAUAAGCCCUGUUGGAUGAACCAAGAAUUGGUUGUUCUCAAGAACUGGGUCAUUGUAGCCUAUGAUCGGUACAGAAAUCUCAAGACAAAUGACGCCAAGCAAAUGUAUUUAAUGGUCAAGAAAGAUUACAAAGAAAUACUUCUAAAAGCUAAACAGAAUGCAAAUGCACAGCAUAUAAACUCUUCACAAAAUAAGUGCUCAGCUGCAUGGAGAGUCAUUAGGAGAGAAAUAGGGUCACAACAAAGAACCACAAGGAUCGAGCCAGAUGUCUUCAACUCCUACUUUGUGGACUCAGUUAAGGCAGUUCGUGAUUCUAUAGGCACUCCAGAAGUAUCAGCCCUGCAUUUUCUGAAUGCUGUGCCCAAGCCUGAGACAGCUUUCUCACUUCGACCGGUUUCAUGUGAGGAGGUGUUGGAAACUGUUGGUGAAUUGAAAAGUUCAAAUAGUAGAGACUUUUUUGGCAUGUCAGUAAAUCUGAUCAAGAGUGUCAUUUUGCAAAUCCUUAUACCCCUGACCUCUUGCCUGAAUGCAUGUAUCACAGAGGGUGUCUUCCCUACUAUUCUGAAGAUUGCUAAGACCAUUCCAGUGCAUAAGAAGGGAUCAUUUGAUAUGCCUGGUAAUUUCAGGCCUAUCUCUAUCCUGCCAGUCUUCUCUAAAAUCCUUGAAUCUAUUAUCAAAAAGCAGUUAUGCUGGUACUUUGAGAGCAAUGGUUUGUUUGUGGAUGCUCAGUUUGGUUUUAGAGUUGGCAGAACUACAGCCCAGGCAGUUGGAAGGCUGGUAACCACUAUUCUGGAGGAUUUUGAGAGCCGUGUUUUCACCGAUUGA